AUGGAGACACCUCCACAAUCACCCGGCUACAGCGUCAAGAGCGUCAACUCGGCGCCCCCGACCGGCCUUCAGUCGCCCAGACUCACCGUCAACGGCCGCGACGAUGUAUCGGACGAUCGACCCUCACUGGCAUCUGCCGUCACUGAACCCCUUCGUCUCCACGGCUUCGCAAGUCCGAUAAGGCAGCAUAAACGCACUCCGAGUGCCCAUCGUGAGAUCAAAGAAACUCUGGACGCCCACGUCGAGUUCUCUAAUGAUGAAACCGAUGGUCGAACUCAUCAUAGGAUAAACCAAUAUGUGAUUCAAGAGGAAAUUGGGCGAGGCUCUUAUGGCGCCGUUCACCUAGCGACAGACCAGUUUGGGAAUGAAUUUGCCGUCAAAGAGUUUUCCAAGGUCCGCCUACGAAGGCGCGCACAGUCCAUGGCCAUGCGUCAAGGCCCUGUCGGACCGUCACGACGCAUGCCCGGUAGGGGCGUCUUGCCCUCCCAUCUCAUAGGGUUGAGAGACAACGAAAUGAACGAUGCGCUAUUCUACAUCCGGGAAGAGAUUGCAAUCAUGAAGAAACUCAAUCACCCCAACUUGGCCCAGCUUAUCGAGGUACUUGAUGAUCCGGAUGAAGAUUCUCUGUACAUCGUCAUGGAGAUGUGCAAGAAGGGGGUCAUUAUGAAGGUCGGCUUAGGCGAACAGGCAGAGCCAUAUCCCGACGAGGAGUGCAGAUUUUGGUUCCGAGACUUGAUAUUGGGGAUUGAGUACCUGCAUGCCCAGGGUGUCAUUCACCGUGAUAUCAAACCUGACAACCUCCUGCUGUCAGAAGAUGACGUCCUCAAAGUUGUCGACUUUGGAGUCUCGGAAAUGUUUGAGAAGUCAACCAACAUGAGAACAGCCAAGUCUGCUGGAUCGCCCGCCUUUUUGCCUCCUGAACUGUGCACCAAGCAUGACAAGGUUUCCGGAACGGCUGCAGACAUCUGGUCCAUGGGCGUCACUCUCUACUGUCUCAAGUACGGCAGAAUCCCCUUUAACAAGGAGGCCAUGCUCGAGAUUUACGAAGCCAUCAAGGCCGAGGAACCAGAACUACCAAAAGAUGAGUCCCCGUCCUUUGUCCACCUUAUGGGUAGGCUACUGGACAAGAACCCGGAAACACGAAUCACAAUGUCAGAGCUUCGAGAACAUCCCUGGGUGACCAAAGAAGGGACCGACGCAUUGCUUUCAACGGAAGAAAACUGCGCAAACCCCGUAGAGCCACCAAACGAGCUGGAGCUUAGCCGUGCCUUUACAAGAAAGAUGAACCACCUUCUCUGUGUAAUGAAGGCCAUUCAUCGGUUUAGGUGCUCCUUAAUAGCUAGCAGACGCAAGAAAGGCAUUUCCCCGCCUGCCAGCGAACAAGAGGGGCGCAAACCAACGGAGACUACCAACACCAACCCAUCAGUUGCCGACAUUGCGGCGCUCAUCACACAACAAAAGACGAUUCUUGCGUCCGAGGCCGGAGAGGAAAAGGCCCAAGAGCAGGAAACUGGCACUAGCGAUCAAGAGCCACCAUUCUUGGGCAUCGGCACGGGUGCAAGGGAUGCCUUUGCCACAGAUGAAAAGACGCCCGACGUUGUGUCUGACUCGCCUACUGCGGUCGACUUCAACGUGUACGACCGAGCCUAUGAAGAAGCAAUCAAGGAGCGCACGAAACCGAACCAACCAAACAAUCCCAUCCUGUAUUUGACGAAGCACAUCAAGGAAAAGGACUAUUUUAAGAAACUGGAAAACUUGGUGGACGAGGCUGCCGUCUCGCCAUCCCCUUUGAAGGCUGCCAAAGAAAAUUCCAGGCAGCUUCUAGACCCUCUCCCUCUCCAUCCAGGCAACAGAUUGGCCGAUCUCGUGUCCAAAGUUAAAGUCUCAGAUGCGCCCGAGAAUAGCAGCAAGACAAGAGACCAAAAUUAG